CCUCGUUCAUUUUGGCUCGACCCAUCUACGUUGUACCCAUCAGGAGGAGAACCCCAUCAAGCCUUGCAGUUAGGAAAUCGAUAUCACAAGAAAGAAAUGUAAUUUCCUUCGUGUUCAGUCAGGGACAGCACAAGUGCCAUUGAGCUGCUCGUAUUAGAAGAAAAAAAUUCUUCUCGAAAGUAGGUUUCCAGUGCAUCAAGUAAAAUGCCUCCUCUGACAGUGGUUGAGGAAACGGAACGUGACACGUCACACGAUGGGAAGAGGCGGGAAACUCACAUCAACGCCAAUGAGUCACCCUCAUUUGUCGGCAGUGAUCUCGCAGGCGACGCCCCCUGGGCAGGUACAGAUUUACCCAGUUGGUUAGACGUGCUUGGUGACUGUUGUGGAUGGGCCUACUGCAUUUUUUGCAUUACGACUAAUUGACUCCAGUGUGUACUUUCUACUACACGGCGUAAGCCCCACCACAACUUCAUUUGUCGUGAUCUUUUGCUUGUUGCGGCGACCUACACUUUCUACUUGAAUUCGGCGGGACCACUUCCUACAUCUUUGUGACGAUUCGGUCUUUAGCAGGUUGAGCAUCUUGAUAAUUUGAUGACAUUUCGUCACGGCCUGAGGUUCCCAUGAGAGUCGAUUCAAUUUACACUUUUCAGGGAUCGCAUCUCAUGGCGAAAAGUCAGUUCCAGCCUUGGAGCUAGGAGGGAUCGGAGCGCAUGCUUUUGCUUGUGUUGAGGUACGCUACUUUUCUUACAGCUCCAGCCGGGUUUAUACUACAACAAUGGGCCUGUUCUGUGUUUUUCUUGGUGGUUGUUCGUCCCCACAGAACGACGAACUCGAUGUGAUCACUUGUGACGAAGGUCCACGUAAUUAACUUCAUACAUCCGCAGUUAUUUUUCCUCUGGGCUACAACGACAGCGCCAGCUGUAAUCGUGUGAACAAAGUAGGAUGCUGGGACACAAAAUGAAUCGGAUGAAAAAUUGAAACUGUUUAUUUCCACAGGGAUUGCUGCUGAAGCACUCUACCGCCACCGCAACAGAAGCAAGCAGUGGGUCGGGAAAGCAGGUGACAGGUGGAGCAGGCGCUCGUGCGCAACACGAAAAAAGAGUGCUGAAAGAAGAACGUAAUGGAAACCCGCUAAGAGAAAGUGGAAACAGCGAGGGAAUGAAGCGUAGUAGUAGCUCGUCUUCCUCGAGCUCCUCGUCUUUCCAGGGGGCUUCGUUUGAUUUUUCAUCGCAGUCUUCGUUAAACAAUUCGAGCUCCCGCGUUCGCCUGGCCGGGGCUUCUCACUCCCACUCGCGCUCCGGGAACGUGAGAAGCAAUGGCCACUCGCACUCUGGCACCGCGAACCAGUCGCUGUUAGGAGUAUACCCGAACUAUAAGCGACAGCGCUGUGGUAGCUCCAAUACAUCAAUCGGAAGUAUUUUUCUUUCGGACAACGUUGACACGGCCGUAGCGGUACAAGAAGAAAACAAGAUGGACGCGAACCAUGUGUUGAACGCGAACGACAGCGAGUUAGCAGUACACAACACCGGCGCGGAAGACGACUUUGCAUCGGCCGGGACGCGGGCGGAAUCGGCAUCGGCAUUGCCGGAUAAGGUAGGUGCUUUUCAGGAAAGCUGCACCUUAGGCACCAGAAAUUCACAGGCCUCGUUCUCGCGCAACAUGAACCACGAAUUUGCUUAUGCUAAGGAGCGAUCCAAGCGCUCUACCGUCACCGCAGCAGAAGCAAGCAGUGGGUCGGGAAAUCAACAAACCUCUCCCUCCGCUCGCUCUCUACGACCAGAUACAAGGCGGGCGUCGACCUUCUCCGCUGCUGGGUCGCUUGGACGUCGGAGCAACAAGAAGCGGAGACUAAACACCGCAAAGGCGGCAGCGGCAACCUCGCCGCAAUUUCUGAAGCGCGCCAGGGGCGUGAUAGGACCGGCCUGCUCGUCUUCCUCGGGUGGAGAAGACUGGGACUGGCCUGCAGCUGGCACAGAAACUGAAGCCGCUAAGAGUUCAGCAGCUCGUGAUGAAGAAGACGCCUCGCCGUUGAUUCCAGUACCGUGCGCAAAGCGAAAAGCAGUCUGGCAGACGGCCAUCCAUACGGAGACCCGGAGUCGGCUAACGUUGCAAGAAACAAACUACCAACGAGGGCUACACCAGGUACAUCAGUGGGUUGUGUCGUAAGUAUCUAACCUCCGAGAUUCGCAUUUUUUUCGAAGCACGCCUACCUUGGUCCACUUUUAUUGAAAAAUAAUAUGCUUUUUGACUACCUCGUGGUAUGAAAUAUUUGAAUUUUCAAAAAAGUAUAUACGUGGGUGGACUCAGUAAGCGCACGCAGCGAGCUAUGCUUUUCCAUGUCAAGCAUAUUUUUUUGUUCGAGACGCUUUGAUGCUCUACAUUUCAAUGACGAUGACGGAACUGCUCUUCUGCAACAUAACUCUAAGAUUCACUACAGGUGCUGAUGAAUGACACCACGAGACGAGGGAACCAAGGCUCAUCAUCAUCGACAAGUUCGCCCGUGCACAUCAGUCCGCGAAAAACGAACACCGACGACCAAGUAGAUGAAGCUUCAGCAAAUCCUCCUAUUUCAAGCAAAACCAAAAAGAGGAAAGUGGACAUCGGCGACAGGUCGCCGAAGCUGGGUCCCGACGUCAACACUGCAAAGCAGGAAUCCUCGUCGCAUGACCUUCACGCUAACGAUGAGCAGGAGCAUCUUGCAGGAAAAAACUGGAUCUUCCCCGGCCGCCGGAACCACAUGCUCGAGACGCCAGCGCAGAAGGCAGACUACGAAGCGGCAGAAGAGGCGUACCGCAAAAGCGACACCGAAGGCGACGUGGUUGCGCGGUACGGGUUUAAUUUAGCGCUCCGCUGUGCCGCGCACCCGUCCGCGAUUGCGGAGACAAGAGCUGGCAAAGUCGCGAUACCGAAGGAUCUGGAAAUUCGAAUUCCGGUGACCUAUCUCGAACAGAAGCUCAUCUCCUCGACGCAGUUGGAAACCAUUACGCUCGCUGUGCUCCGAACAGACGAAAAGUUCGCGAUCUCCGAGCAGACGAAAGAUUCCCAGCUGCUGGCAACAAACGCUGGCCAUUCGAACCCUAAACCAGCAACGGCUGCCGACCCGAUGCUGGACAAGGGCGGCUACCCCUACCCGAAGGGUUUCCUUCUCGGGGAAGGGACAGGAUGCGGCAAGGGAAGAAUGGUUACCGGCGUUAUGCUACACCACUGGAACAGCGGCAACCGACGAAGUAUUUGGUGUAGCAAGAAGAAAGAGCUGCUGAAGGAUGCGCAGCGAGACUUCGCAGACAUGCAGGUCCCGCGUGAAAUGCAGCUGCUGGACACCAGGACGUUCGCCACACAGCAAAGCAGCGGAGAUGCCGGCGACGGCGUUGUCUUCUGUUCGUACAGGUGGUUGGCGAACGACGACAACAGGAAGCUCCUCGCCACAUGGUUCAACGAGCCACCUGCCGCGGAGAAGGGCGAAGACGCAGUCCCCACGAACGCGGGACAAAAGAAGUAUUUCGGCAGCGGAGUGCUGGCGUUCGACGAGUGCCACGCUGCGAAGAACCAGCUUCGCGUCAAGUACCUCCCUAACGGCGACAUUUGUAAAAAAGCUAGUGAAAGCUGCGGCGUUGCAGUCGUAGAGAUGCAAAUGAGCUUGCUCAAGGAAGCCAGAGUCCUCUACGUCAGUGCCACAGCAGCGGCGGAGUUGUCGGAACUUGCUUAUUAUUCUGCGCAAAAGUAUGAGCGUCGCACUCAUGCUGAUUUGAAUGCUGCAUGAACUUGGCAAACUCAAUUCUUCUGCUACCAGUAAGAGUAACUAGCACUAGUGCGAUCAUGCUUUGUUUUGCAAUGCAUACGUGCAUGGCCCGUCUCGGCGCAUGGGAGAAAGUCGGUUUUGACCACCUCCGCAGAACCUUCGCCAUGCGGGAUGCGAGUCCCUUGGGAGGGAUGGCCGCACUCGGCUGGCAGUUGCGCACUUCCGGUGCCGCAGUAAGUCGGCGACUCAGCCUCGAAGGCGUACAGUUCGACAUCGGGUGCGGCGGCGACCUCCACGUUGCCACGGCCGGCGAGGGCAACGGGCUGCUUGACGCCACGUUGCAUGACAAAGUCGUGGCGCUUUUUCACGACACCAGUACAUUCUUCCACAGCCUUUUGGAAAACCACGGCCGAGAGUACGUGAAAGCCGCGGAGGCGGCAAACCCUGGCCGAAGCGGCGGUGUGGCGAAUUUCCGAGGCAUAUUCACCGCGGCGCGGCAGAAGUUCUGGAAGCAGUUUGCGGCCUGCGACAAGCUUCCCGCUGCGUUGGGACUCGCACGAAGGCUGCUGGCGGAGGGCAAGCAGGUCGUCCUCGCAUUGCAGUCGACAGGAGAGGCCGCGAUGACGGACCGAGACGACACAGAUGGCGACGACGCCGGCGAUGAUGUGCCCGGAGGCAAUGCCGACGACGUUGACCAAUCCUGCAGCGGUCGAUUUUCGUUGUGUGAAAGCAUCGCGGUCAACUUCCUGAAAACCUAUUGCUUCGACUCGUUCGACGCAAACCAAGCCGGCCCAGAACAACGCCGACUGCUUUCCGCAACCAGCAGGAGAAAACGCGACGAACUCAUCGCUCGGUGGAAGGGCUUGAAGCUGCCUGAGAAUGCGCUUGACCACAUCCUGAACUCGCUUGGGGGACCGGAAAAGGUCGCAGAGAUCUCAGGCCGGAGCCGGAGGCUCCUCUUGAAGAGCGAGGGCGAAGCUUCCGGUGAUAAACCCUCACGCUACGAAAGCGCCACCCGACCAGUGGAUGCGAGUCUAAAGGAGAUAGAAGCGUUCCAAGCGGGCCAAAAACGUGUAGCGAUUAUUACCGCUGCUGGAUCGACGGGCGUGUCGCUGCACGCCCACAAAGCUGACUCGCGGGCACGGCACAUGAUUAUUCUGGAGCUUCCCUGGUCUUCCAUGGAGUUCACCCAGCAAAUCGGCCGAGUGCACAGGUCGGGCCAGGCGCACCUGCCUGCGUACACGCUGAUCACGUCCAGUUUUUCUGCGGUGGAAGCUCGGUUUGUGUGCGCCCUGGCGCGGCGCAUCAAACUGCUGGGCGCCUUCACUCGGGGGCGAGCUGAGCAUGGAAAUGCCGCCCUGGACGCGCUGCUCGACGAGAGCCACUUCUCACAUGGAAAAGCAGACGACGCGGUCAAGCAGCUUGUACUGGAAUUCGGCGCUCGUCCUCAGUGGCGCGAUCUAGCAGAACAGUGCGAGCCGAAGUACAAUAGGAAGGCGCAUGAGGCGUGCGGAACUAGGGUGACGCAGUUUUUGAACUGCUUGCCGCAGUACCCCAAAGAGGAACAAGAAAAGCUGUUCGACCGAUUCCUGGAGAUGCUGGGACAUCAGAAGGGCAACGACAAUUUUGGAGGGCACAACAGCGAGCACACGGGUGGUUCCGGUAGUCAUGACAUCAAAGACCUCAAAUUCCCAGCGCUCGCGCGGAAAAGUAGCCGCCGGAUUGUGGAGCGCCGUGACCGCUCACAACCGCCGGUCACUGGAAAGGGGCGAGUGGUCCGGUUCGAGCGUUUGCUUCGGGUGCCCCAGGUGGCGCCGCACAGCUACUUUGUCGACGUUGAUGUCGAGGAGGAGGAAAUGGCCUUGCCGCGGUCGUCCUCGUCGUCAUCUUCCUCCAGCGCGCUCCUGCCGGUAUGAAUUGCAAAAGUUUCGCACUACAGGUACCAAUUGCAUUUGUAGAAACCUUCCCGAGAGGAAAUCAAGCGCACUUUCUCAUGCUGGAUGAGGUAGAGAGCUGGAUUUGUGAUGCAUGACUGCAAUUCGUGCGACUGCGAAUGCGAGGCUUUUGCACAGGAUAUUCGCCGGCUUUGUUCGAGGACCGAAAAUCUGACCUGAAGGAGUUGUCGGAGGCGGACCAGGAAGAAUAUGCAUUGCAAAAGUACCGCACUGAUAGUAUGCGGUAAAUACAGAUCUAUUUCUCAGGACCAAAAUGUUGACGACUGGAAUUUGUCAUGAUCAAUUACGUAGGAAGGCACAGAUUUCACAGGUUUCGCAUGGAAAAUAUGAUCGCAGUUGCUACGAGAGCGGUACUUUUUCAUACGAUAGAGAAAGGAUCUAUUGGUCAUCUUCGAAAAAUUUUAACAACACUAUCGGAACCCGAAGGCAGCUGACCGCGACUUUGCUCUGUGGCUCGUUCCUGCCUUUCUUCGCGGACAUCUACCAGAAAAUCCUCGAGAAGCUGCCUCCGGGCAAAUCAGUGCAGCUGCGAAGGUUCCGCGAAGCGCCGAACAACAGCUGGCAGUACGGGAUUCUCUUGCCGGCGUCUUUGGGCGCCGACAAGAUCGAAAAAAUCAUGGCCGGCGCAGCGGAGCGCCCUCAAAAGAUUCUGGAGGAGAAGGUCGAGGGCACUCGUAUCAAAUGCAAGUAUGUCGAGGUCUGGAAGAGUGCAAAUGUUUGUGAUGCUGUUUUUACUUGACCCUUGAGGUCUGGCAUGCAAGCGCUAGCAUCACACACGUUUUCACAAGGCCUGCCAAUGCCUAGUCCGUGGCACUAAAUGUCCUCUUUCGGCAACAAGAAACGCAAGGCUCCUCCUGUUCAAGCAUGCAAGCAUGACAGAUUUUCGUAUGAACUCCAAUGCGCAUCACAAGUUUGCUUGUCUCCAGACCCAGACACAUUUGCAAUGCAUAACCCGUGCAGCGAAGCGACUGCUGGAGUCCGGCGUUGUCGAGGCAAUUCACGUAUCCACUGCAAGUAUGUCUGCGUCUGGUAAAGUUGAGCUUGUGUUGCGUCCCGCCAGUCUCCCAAAAAUCUGUCUUGGAUAAGUUGUUUUUUUCAUGCUAAGUAGAGAUUUCUCAUUCUCAUGAAGGAUAAGCAUCCUAAAGGUUGUGCAUAACCUGUGAUGCCUACAGGCCCGUCAUUCAAGACUUUGUGAGGCCUGGGCCUGCAAAAGCUGCAUGACAAACUUCAGAAUCUCUCCAGCUCCAGACAUAUUUACAUCUCAUAUAACGCGGAGCUUGACCUGAUUGGCGACAAGAAAUGUGGAAUUUUCUUCAAGGGAGACUCCGUGGUAAUAGCGCGUGACGUAUCAAAUGCAAAUAGCAUGUCUGGCUCGGCAAGAAAACCGAUAUAUUGUCUUGCUGUUGGUGCAUCUCCAAAAUGGUUUGGAAUGUACACACAGCAGGACAAAUUCUGCUGUGCAUGAGAAAUGCCCCCUCAACAUAAUCCACGAGCACAACAGAUCGCCUCACAAGUGGGCAUGUUCUUUCCAGAUCCAGACAUUUUUGCAUUCCAUAUGACGGCUCAAAGUGGACCAUAGCGCGGGGGUCAGUGCCGGGUCGGUGGGAAGAAAAGGUGGAGAUUGAAGAGCGCGGUGAAUCCACGUCCCAACCCAAGAAGAGGUCAUGCCCUCCCAUGGAUUUGAAGCUAGACGCUUCCAACCGCGACGAGGAGAACACAGCAGCGGAAGAGGGUGGAGCGGGCGGCAAGCAGCCGAAGAUGCGGGGACGCGGCGCCGGCGCCAUCUGCAGCUCUCUCAACAUGCGCUUGCUGCGGACCACGAAAGCGUUUUUCCACUUCCAAGAAGAUCUCCCUAGCAGUUAUCUCAGCGAAAUUGUAUCAUGUUGAGUUAGACCUAGAAGUAGAACCGUCAGUUGCAGUGUCAUGCUACAACCUUGAGGCUUUCAUGCUAGCCUACUAGUCGUACAUGAUAAGCUCGAGAUGUAGAAACACGUGCAGCAUUUCAUUUGUGGCGCUCGCAUGUCGUAUUCGCAUACACACGCCAAUGUGUCAUCUCUCGAUCUAGCGUGCGGACGCGAGGAGAAACUUAGCUUUACUCAAAAUUUUGGAUUUUGCUGGCAUAAUUGGGCACCAUCGUGGAACAUCAAGAUCUGGCGAAGGAUCGUCGACGUCGAUCCAUAUUGGAAGCUAUCGACUUGCAAAUGCCAACAUCUACAUACGACCAAAGUAGUUCUUGGUGCCUGUGAUAGAUUCUUGCCGGCUUCAUAACUUGCAUGACUCACCAUUAGCGGAGGGCGAGGGGCGUUAGACCUGAAAUUUCUACUGCACAGUAGCGCUCGUGUCGGUUUUUUGCAACCCUUCAUACAAAAGGAAAGAUGCUAGAAAUGUUGUUGAGCGCAACCCGUUCAUGCAACUGAAGGCAGCAGGAGGAGGAGUACUACAUAGCUAACAAGUGAAUUUAGUAGGUACUAUCGCGAUCCCGCUGUUGUAGGUAAGUAUGGGUUACAGCAUAAUCAAAGUCGUGGUUUUGGGAAGAUGUAAAGUACCUAAAUGGAAAUAAACUUCCUAGAUAAUCUAUUCAGAUCAUACUCAUUCUGAUGCAGAACUACAGCGGUGUCUGAUUGUCGAAAAAAGUGUUUGCAAGAGGAUGCUGUUCGGAAUUACGGGGCAGCAGCGAGGACGUGAUUCAAAAUAUCAGAGCGGCGUACAAAAUAUGCACUGCAAAUAGGGGCCUGGAAAAGCGGAACCUGUAUUGCUUGCGCUGCAUGCGGUUGCGGCCUGUGAAAACUGUAACGCACGACUUCUUUCUACUUCAUGCAAAAAAGGCAGGCUCUCAUGUCGCUGCGAAUGACAAGGCGUGUCAAAAAUUUAUCAUGCUUGGCUGCACUUGAACGCACGCUCAAUCAUUGCGAUCCAGCUCCACAAGUUCCCAGACCCACACGUAUUUGUACUGAAUACAAAACCGUCGUGAAAAAUUGGGACGCGUUGUGGGCCAAAGACGCGGGAGAGGAAGAUACCUGAAAAGAGUGGAUGAUGCUUGGUGGUGAUUUGUUCAAUGCUGAUUCAGAUUUUUCAUUUCCUCGAAAACAUUUUUUCUUCACCUUUUUAGAGUUGCACCUUCCUCCUUCCAGCUUUUGUUUUCUUAAAAGUACAAGAGAAGGAGGCUUGUUGGGUUUUUCAUACCGAUCUGACACUGAACUGAUCUUCAUGUCCUAUAUUUUUCCGCUAUGAUUGCUUUUUGAGCUUUUAUGUAUCUGUUCCAAAGUGAAAAUGUACUUUACAUUUACAAAGUGACAGUACCCGAAUCAAUUAGUCGGAGCACGCAAUUGGGUUUCUCGCCCGAUGUCCGACGUAUGGUACCACUGAAGUGUGAUCCGGACGCAGGGACCUGCACCGGUAUCCUUCCAGUAUCUGCGUCAGGCUGCUUCGUCGCGAUGAGUGACAUAAAGCGCAUCCACGGAUAGCAGGAUCAUGACUCUUGUCGUGCUUGUACGGGUCUAUAUUUGCUUGGGCAGUACAAAACGAGACAUGCUCUUUUCUAUGUGUUGUCUUUGGCUAAAGACGACCUUUCUCUCUGUUGUCUUUGGGUAAAGACGUCUUUUUAUUUCGUCUUAUCGCGAUGGGUUCUUCGACGUUUCAGAAGACAGAUUUAACCCGUUGAAAGCUAGUGUAGAACCCAAAGCUAGCGUAGACACAUUUGGCUCGUUGAAAAUAGAUCCAACAGCCGCAGUAUUGAAUUGCUCUUGUUUUUUCCUAUUUCGGUCUCGAACUCACUCGAUUUCUGACCUCGAGAAGGACACGGUGCAGGACUGCGACAUUCGCAUGUCGCAAGUCGUCAUGCGCAAAUUCCGCAUGUUUAUUUUGUGCUUUUUCCUUGCCGCUCUUCUUCAGACUCUCAGUCAGAAAUAAUGAUUCCCACGAGCCUUGAGUACCGGCCUGAACCAGAGACCCGAAGGCCUCCAGCCUGUAAUACAUGCGACUCGAUUACUAUAAUGGAUUGAGUUUUUUCUCGUACUGAGAAUUUUAGAAGUACACUCACGGCUUCCGCGUGCUGCAAUGGUGAUGAAGAUAUUGAUCUUCUGUUGUUUCCAUCGCUGCAAGAACGGACCAAAUGUCGAUGCAUUUCUAUGCCAUUUUUUACACUAUACCCGCAGGUGUUGACAGCCAUCAGUAGGGCGUUGGUGUUAAUGAUAAUUCCAUGGAUCUAGUUGUAGCAUCUGAGAUACCUCCGAAGUAAACUUUCAUUUGUCUACAAAGAAAAAAAGCGAAACUUUGCAAACUUUCCUCGCGAACUUUUUUUGCUUGAAUUGCCACAAGUACGAGAAAUCCCAAUGAAG